GUUAAUCUUUGGUCAGUCAAAGUCAACUGGUGUUCAUGAAAUUUUUAUAUAAAAAUAUUGUGUAUAAACAAACCAAUUCUUCACUCAGAAAAAAAUAAUGGCUUCUUCUGAUGCUAUACAAGUGUGCUCCUUGCCUCUUCCUCCUAUGCAAUAUGUGAACCAAUAUACUGAUGAAAUGAUUCGAAGAGGUAGGGCUCCCAGACCUCCACCACCAAUUCAGGAGACCUAUCAUAUGUUUGGUAAUGCAUUUAACACCGAAGAUAGCAUAAUCAGGCCUUUAGAAAGUCAAGGAAUCAAAAGAUUAUAUCCUUUACACUUUGAUCGCAAGAGGGAAUUGAAGAAGUUGAACUUAUCUCUUCUGGCAAAUUUCUUGGAUUUGCUAGAUCUUCUUGUGAAUUGUCCGGAUUCUCCAAAGAGAGCUGAGAAAGUGGAGGAUCUAAGUUUGCUAUUCAUUCACAUUCAUCAUUUAUUGAAUGAAUUUCGACCACACCAAGCUAGGGAAACUUUGAGGGUUAUGAUGGAGCUUCAAAAAAGACAAAGGAUUGAAACUGCAAGCAGGUUUCAAAGACAUUUAGACAAGGUUAUGGAAAUUUUGCAACAUGCUGUACAAAACCUCCCUGAACCUAUGGAAAUUGAUAGUAAGCUUAUAAUAGAGACUGAGUUACUGAUGAAUCAAGAGAAGGCAACCAACGAGGAAUCAAAUGAUGAUCCUUGUAAUGUGUUGGACAGAAUAAUGUGCAAUAUCGUGGAUAAUAUGUAGGAAUAAUUUUAUUGAUGAUGGAUGUGUAUAAAAAGUAUAUAUUACCCCACUUAUCUAUGUAAAAGUUGGUAUUUUAUGUUGUUCAUUAUAUGAACCAUAUUCUAAGUUCUUCAUUGUAAAUACUGAAAAUAGUGAAAAUAUAUAGUUUUCACUGACAUUUGAUAAAAUGUCCAAUAAUGUUA